GAGGGAUACAUCACCAAUGUCAUCGUGGCGCUGAGGCUUUUGCAAACCAAAAAUGUCUGCCUAAGGGAAACUCGUAACUGAUAUAUUUACAUAGAGAGGAUAUUGUACCCAGGUUUCUAGAUCGUCAGGAUGAAUCCUCAGCAGCGGAUCGCCGCUCUCGGAACAGACAAGGAAUUAAGUGACCUGCUGGAUUUCAGUGCGAUGUUCUCUCCACCUGUUAGCGGAGCGAAAAACAGGCCCACCACACUCGGAAGCAGUCAGUUCACUGCACCAGGUAUGGAUGAGCGGACCAACCAAGCAUCUUGGGCCCCAGGUGACAAGUCCAGUCCCCCCUAUGAGUGCUCCCGGGGUUUCACUGACAGACCUCAUUAUGGCGAUCAUCUGAGUGACAGUCGAUUAGUGUCUCAUGAAGGAUUGUCCCCAACACCUUCCAUGAACUCGAACAUAAUGGGUAAAUCAGAGAAGGCUCCAUUUCCCGGCUACGGGAGGAAUCCUGGAGCAUCGAGCGGCCAGUCUUCUUCUGUUAGGCCAGACGUCUCGUUGGCAAGUCCUAGUCCAGUGACUCCGUCAGGGAAGUUAGCAGCAGCUCCUUUCUACUCCUUCACUGCAGCCAAUCCUAGAAGACGACCUCUGCAAACUCCUCCGCCCAUCGAUCCUCUACAAACAAAGAAGGCUCGCAAGGUCCCUCCUGGCCUCCCUUCAUCUGUGUACGCACCGUCUCCAAACUCAGAAGACUUCAACAGAGAUUCACCUUCCUACUCUUCUCCUAAACCCUCCAGCAGUAUGUUCGCAAGCACUUUCUUUGAUGGCACCCACAGUUCGUCUGACCCUUGGAACUCAUCCAAUGGGAUCAGUCAGCCCGGCUACGGGGGAAUGCUCCAUGGAUCUUCCUCUCACAUGCCUCAGUCAGGAAGCUACAGCAGCCUGCACUCACACGACCGUUUGAAUUACCCCGGACACUCAGUCUCUCCAGACAUCAAUGCCAGCCUUCCUCCCAUGUCCAGCUUCCACCGAAGCAACACCAGCACUUCACCAUUCGUCACCGCAGCGCACAGCACGUCCGUCAACGCGAUCGAUGAGGUCAUGGCUGCUGCAAAUCGGGGGAACGCCACUGGAAGCACCCUGACUGGAGAUGCAUUGGGCAAGGCUUUAGCCUCAAUUUACUCUCCUGACCACACUAGCAGUAGUUUCCCAUCCAACCCGUCGACACCUUCGGGUUCUCCUUCACCUCUGACAGCCACAGCAAGUGCUGCCUCAGCAGGCUCUGUGGGGACUGCUGCCGGCCCCCCGUCUGGAAGGCCAGGUACCAACCAGUGGCCCCGUGCUGGUGGACAAACCCCCUCCUCUCCAAAUUACGAGACCUCUCUUCACUCACUGUCUCGAAUGGAGGAUCGUCUGGACAGACUGGAUGAUGCAAUCCUUGUUCUGAGGAACCAUGCAGUGGGCUCCACUGCCAGUCUGCCCAGCGACAUCCACAGUCUGCUGGGACAGGCACAAAAUGGGCCUAUCGCAGCCCCGGGAGCAAACUUCCCUGCCUCUGCAUUGGUUCCAAGUCGUACAGCAGCGAUGGGUGGUGCCCACGCUGACGAUUCUGCCAGCCUGAACAACAGCCAUGGAGGUCUUCCCAGCGUCGGCUCCACAUCCAGCACAGAACUUCACCACCAAUUGGAAACCUUCAGAGGUCUUGCUUCAGCGCUGGCUGGCCAUUUGCCUGCUAGUUGCCUGCUAAAGAUGGAGAAACAGGACAAGGAUGACAUGAAUGAUAACCUCUCUACCGAUGACAAAUCAGAUGAUGAGAGCGACAGAAGAGAUAUGAGGACACCCAGAGCUGGCACACGCACAAGUUCUUUCUCCCAAAGUAUCACUGAGGACGAGGACCUUAAUCCGGAGCAGAAGGCCGAGCGUGAGCGCGAGAGGAGGAUGUCGAACAAUGCCCGUGAGCGCCUAAGGGUGCGAGACAUCAACGAGGCCUUCAAGGAGCUGGGUCGCAUGUGCCAGCUGCACCUGAAAAGCGAGAAGCCCAUGACUAAACUGCUCAUCCUCCAUCAGGCUGUGACUGUCAUACUUAACCUGGAGCACCAAGUUAGAGAGCGGAAUUUGAACCCCAAAUCAGCCGGCCUUAAAAGGAGGGAGCAGGAGAAAGUGUCCAGGGGCUCCUGUGACGCCCAACAAGCCCACACAGGGGUCCAUCCCGGCCUGACUGACACAUCUAACCCCAUGGGCCACCUCUGAGCAGCAGACAGAUCAAAGUGAUCCACAUCACUUCUGUCCCGUUUUGAGUCGGUGACCUUGCUCAGUGACAGACAGGACUCACAGUUUGUGACACCAAUCGAAGGAGACAGACCACUUGAAUCAAAUCUACGAGACUGACACAAUCCAAACAGAUUGAAGAAGAACCAAGCGUCCAGCUCCCUGUAACCAGUUUCCAUCUGCAAAUUUCUCCCCACCUCAAAAAAAAAAUCCUCAGCACAUAUCACUGUCUGCAAGAAGUGAUGUUGCUUCUGACCAAUCAGAGACUUUGCAAUCUCCUCCAACCGUUCGUGGAAAUUGCCCUGUGCCUAAACUGAAUUGACAAAUGCAUUGUAACAGCAACUGUUUUUGUUGUCUGUUUCUUUUUUUCUAUUUAUUAUGUUAUUGAGCUAUAGAGUGUACGUCUAAAGGGAAAAUUGAGCAAAGUCAAAGAGAAGUAUGGUGCUUUUCAGUUGAUCUACAGUUUGUCAGGAUCACCAUUAAUACUGAGCACUCCACCCUGGUAAAUAUUUGGCGAGUCUGAUAUGAGGGGGAAAUAUUUGGGCACUGAGAAGAUUAAUUUAUUGGCUGGUUUAGAGGGAUAUUAAUACCCAACUUAAAAAAAUGUGCUGUUAGAAUUGAAGACAGACGCGCCCCAUUUAAAAAAAAAAAGAGGGUAUUAUUUAUAUUUAUAUUUUAUUAAUUCUGCCACUGGCCACAUGUGUUACCAAAACUACCUAUGAUUGUUUCUGUGUAGUUAUAUCUUGUUUCUGUGCUGCUGACCAGCAGAAUAUUUGGCCCGAUUACUUAAGCAUCAACAAUAUUCUCUAAAAGGUGACAGGCGGAUGGCAAAAUCAAGGUUUACUGAAAGCUCGGAUGUAGUUGUGCUCUUUUUCCUUGGUAGUGAACAGUGAAAAUAAAGUGAGCAAACUAUUUGCAAACCCUGCAUAUUGUUAGUGUGUUAACUAAAAGAAAGGGCACCGCAUUGCCCGUCUCUUUGCCAUAUAGUGUUAAAUGUAACAAGUGACAUAUUUGAGCAGAUUCUUGUCUUUGUUAAUUUUUAUUUACAUGCUCCUGAUGUCAGCAGAGAAGGGGCUUGUUUUUGUCAUUUUUCCGCCACCAGCUAAUCAGAGAUUGCUUGAUUAGUAAAAGAAAAAGUAAACGACGACGACCACACUUUCUCCUGGCCUGAUGAACACAUCACUUCCUUUUCUUUCUGUUAAUAUGUCAAGACCUUACAGUUCAAAUGCAGUUAUUCUGAGUAACAUUUGAGUUAUGCAGAUUUGUCUUGUAACAAGUCAUGUCUUAAGGCUUCCAGCAUUAUAAUGUCCAGUUUCAUUGGAGAGAACUUUUUUUUAAUGUUUUCAUCAAACAUACAAUAAACCAGACUAGAUAUCUUUAUGCAUUUUGUUGAAUAUCAUCGAACCGUAGCACAAUAAUGAACAAAAACACUUAAUAGGAUUGUCUUUUAUGUUUCAAGACAUCGGUCAUAUCUUUAUUUUUGUUCCUAUCUGGGUGCAUGCUUUGUGUUUGUCUUUGUUCUUAAGACUUGCUUUAUAUUCCAUAAAUGUCUUUGUAUAUUGUCUUCUAUCAUUAUCUACACCUUAAACAAGGCUGCACAAAAAAGGGACUUAAAUUAGAAUAAAUAAUACCACAUCAAGAGUUUACAUUAAAGAUUUAUGAUUUUAAAACUUUUUUGUAAAGAAGAAAAAAACAAUGUUCAUGUAUUUUCUGAUUGAAUGUGGCCUUGUUCUUCAUUUCAGUAUUCAUGAGCUUGUAUUCAUGUUGGCAGACUUUGAUUGAGUAUGUCACUUCCUGCUCUUAUUCUUCAUUUCCUGUUCUUGGGAUGUUUCUUAGGUCCUCUGUUUGCCAAGUUAGACUUUGCUGUAUUCCAAGAUGCUUUUCCUUGUAUAAUAUAUGAGCAAAAAAAAUUCAAAAGGAAAAAAAAACAUUUGGCUUAUUUUUCACUGUAGUUACCUUAGUCUUUUAUACAAUAAUACUGUAAGAAUAUUUCUUCAAUUCUAAAUAUUACUCUUUCUAGAUUUUUGAAAGCAAAGGUUUUGAGUAAAAAGUUUCUUACUUUAUUUUACUAUAUUAGAUAGUAAAACGUAGGGUUAUUUACAAUAGCCUGUCCAUUAUUACAAGAGAUCUACAAAUGGCAUCUUAAGAACAUGGCUGAAUUGUUGCUCGUAGUCUAGUCCUUCAAGAGACUUCGUACAAGCUCCAGAUUCCUAAAAGGGCGACCGUCAUCUUAUUUUUCAGUCUCUCGGUGUUGAUUGCUAAAAGAUUUUUUCUUGUGUCAAAUGAAAAGGUAUUGUCGAUGCACAUAAAAAAAAAACUGCGGCAACGAGAAUUUGAAUUUUCUGUCUUUUUCAACAGAAAAACAAUGUAAAUAACAUUUAUGUUGCAAUAAAUGUGCCAUCUUUUUUUAAA